ACCCAUAUAACUGUUUAACCUAAUGAAAUUGCCAUAAAUUCCGGCUCUAAGGAUUCAGGACUCUAAUUUUCUACAUCCUUGGUAUGGCGGUGCCUAAAAUCGUUGAUCCAUACAUUUGGAAGGAAAUCGAAGAAGAGAAGCUUCUCUGGGAGAAAAACAAGGAACUCAAAUACGAGUCGAAUCAACUGCGAUUCAAGGAAAUUGAUCAACGGAACCGGAAGGAGCUUAAGGAAAUGGACGAAAGACAUCAGAUAAGACUUCAAGAGAAGGACGAGCGACUGCAGAAGGAGUUAAAAGAAAUGGAUGAAAAGCUACAAGUACGCCUGAAGAAAAUGGACAUAGAAGCCAUGUUGAAGAUUAAACAAAUGGAGCUGGAAGCUGAGGAGCGUUUAAGAGUGAUCGAACUAAAUCUAAAAUAUAAAUCACAAGAGUAACCUAAUCAUGACUAGAAGGAAAAAAGAAUGUACAGAAACUAUUCGUAAAUUGAAAAAUUAAUGUAAACGUGUACAUGUAAGUACAAUAAUAAAUAUAAAGCUUUCAGAAGUAGACUUAAAAUAAGAAAGCUGCCCACUACUAUCAAGGUAUCGUGAAAUUGGAAUUUUUCGCCCUUUACCGGUGGUCACAUAGCGAGUCAAUGAAAUCUACGUUACAAAGGGGAGAUUUUGCCAUGACGAGUUUUACUAACCUGAUAAAUGAAAAUAUAGCAAAGGAACUAAAAAGGAUGGAUAACACAUGCAUUUACAAUUAAAAGAAAAAGAUGAGAAAUGCCAAAAAGAGUUGAAGGCCAUGGAGGAGAAGCUGCAGAUACGAUUGAAGGAAAUGGAUAUCGAAGCCAUGUUAAGGUGAAGAAAAUGGAGAUGGAGAUUAAAAAAAUGGAGCUGGAUGCGGAGGAUCGGUGGCGACACGGGAGCUGAACUUAAAGUAUAAUAUUGAAAGAAAAUAAUUGUGUGCAAAAUCCAACUUGUAAUUUAUAA